GGUCCUGUGGGUGAAAGUGAAUUUCGUUCGAGCUCGGGUUUGUGUCGUGUCCGUGUUCCAUUGUCCGGAGUGUCCGUGUCGCGUGAGUUAGGAUUAAGUGAUCCCAAAAAAAGAGAAUAGGAAACUCGUGUGGUCAACUCUUCUUAGCUGGAGUUUAGUGUCCUGCUCGUGCGUGAAACCGUGAACAAAAUCGAUGGCAGCCCCAGCGGCCAGUGGCCAGUUCCGGCACCUUUUCCGGUGCUCCCCGACCAUGCUGCUCGGAUCGGAGUAUUCCCUCUUCGGGCUCGGCAGCCUAGCUAGGAACCAAUCGAGGUCAAAGAGUGUAUGGAUUAUAGGAACAAAUCGAUUUUUCUGCACCGGCAGCGGUCGCAGCAGCAGCAGCAGCACUACUUCUAGCACCAGCACCAGCUACAGGAGCAACCGGAAAUGUGGCCUCACUCCCCGUGCCGUCGGCUGCCACGAGUGCUACAGCACCACCACCGCCAGCAGCAGAAACGCCGACACCACUAGCAGCAAUAUAACGCCCGAAGAUGUGACCGUCCGGUACUACCGCGGACUGCCCCAUGUCACCGUGCCACUGCCAUCGCGAAGCGAACGCUGCCAGUUCACGCUCCGACCGGUCACGCACUCCGUCGGCGACUUUCUCGAGAUGCUCAAGAAGGAGGACCGCGGUAUCGACCGGGCGGCAAUACUGAACCGCGACGGUGUCCGGAUAGCGGCCGCCUGCUCCAUCGAGAACCUGAUGGAUGACGAAUUCUGGCUGCACCUAAACGACCGACAAUACUACGUGAAGCCACCGAAACGAGAAAAAAUUACCUCAGAAGAAAUUACUAGACUAGGGGAUGUUCAGGCACUCGUAGCACAGCUGUACGAGGCUCUACACGUGGGCGAGCAUCAGGUUCACAAGGAACGCGAACUUCACGGCAAACUGGAAGAGCUGAACGAAAAGCUUGGCCCACUGGAAGUGAAAAAGUCAGAGCUAGAUCAGAAGGCAGCGCGUAGGACGAACGCCCUAACCUGGGUCGGAUUAGGUCUGAUGUCGGUACAGUUCGGUGUGCUGGCACGGCUCACCUGGUGGGAGUACUCGUGGGACAUUAUGGAACCGGUGACAUACUUCGUCACGUACGGCACAGCAAUGGCCGCCUAUGCCUAUUUCGUUCUAACAAAGCAGGAGUAUCUGCUACCAGACGUGAAGGAUCGCCAGCAUCUGAUUACACUGCACAAGGCGGCGAAGAAAGCGGGCAUCAAUCUGGCCGAGUAUAAUGAUAUAAAACGCCAGAUCGCAGAGAUCGAGCACGAUUUGCGGCGGCUGCGUGAUCCACUUUAUAUGCACCUUCCUGCGCCACCACCGAAAAGUAGGACGUUCAGCGCGUCCGAGAUAGCGAACUCGAAGAAGCAGCAGCAGCUACAGAAAGCUGCCCUUGAAGCGGCCAGCAGUACGACGUCGAAAAGUAAAAACUAAUCGCUGCUGCCGAUCGACGUUAGGUGGUCGCGACAAAACAGGGGGUUUCUUUUUAGCACAACGAUUCAAGUUGACAACUCCAAGUUGAAAGAAGAGAACGUAACGGAACGCGCGGAUGGCAGCAGAACAAUCGUGAAUGGUGCAUCGUCUCAGUGAACGUUAAGGGACGAGGAAGCACAAAAUGAAAAGGUUGUAAAAUCAUGAUAUAGUCAAAACAAUCACUUUUCCUGCUCGUCGGAGCAGUUCAGGGGGCCGAAACAAAAAGGAGAAAACCAAGCACAACUUCAAACACGCACAACCACAUCGCGGAAGGCAGCACGCGAGUAACGGCUGCGCAGCAAUGGUAAUCGAAAUCACGUGGUAACGGAACCCAGCGGUUCUCCCUUAGUUGGCUCGUCGAAGUGCAAUAUGAGCCAACCGAAGAGGUUAAAAGGAUCAAGGCCCGUACUUAUUAUACGCACAAGGAACAGUAAUGCCCGCAGUAAGACUAUUUUGUAUGGAAAGUGUUGAACGGAGCGAUGGCUCUGCUUUACCUUUGUUUGUGCAUCGUCCUGGUUUAUUUCUAACUAUGUUUGUGUACUAUCUCUGUGUUUCUAUGUUUGUACGUUCGUUGUUUUUGGCAAGGAGGAAAAUGCUGAUUGAAACAAGCAUUAAAACAAUGGCUUGCGUGGAGCAAAAAAUCGUGCUCGAAUCAGACUGACCAAAACCAGUCCAGUACUUUAACGAAUCUCUUCUCUACAACGGAAUGUUAGCACUCUAAUUAUUUGCAUCGAAUGAAGGUUAGUUUUCUAUUUAUGCUUGAAACUUGAUACGUUUCUCGCUGUUAAAAAGCAUCGUAAUUACUUCCCAAACGCUUCGCCAGGGUUUAAAGUUACCCACGGAGCUCAAUUUUAUGGUUGAUCGAUCGGACGAUAAAAAAACAAUGUUGAACGUUAAUGGUUCCAAUAGUGUGUUACGUCAUUACUA